AUUAAGGUGUCAUAGUUCAAACCCAUCAACUAAUUCUCCGUCUUCUUCUUCUUCUUCUUCAAUUAUAUAUUUAUCUUCAACUAGUUUUCUGCUCUGCACUAUUGAUCAAUUUAAUGGUGUCCCUUACUAACAAGGCAGCUGCAGUCUCCUUCUCCUUCUCUUAUUUCAUUUUGUAUUUAUUCUUGUUUUUCGUCUCAACAACAACAUUAUUAGCUACACCUACGAACUAUAAUGAUAAAUACUCAUCAUCUUCAACGCAACAAGUUACAUCGUCAUCAAUCUCAAAUACGACGAAUGAUAAGCAGAAGCCGCAACAUGGGCACCACAAAUGGGUUGGACCGUCCGGUCACCUGUUUAUCACGGUUGACGCUAGUGGUCUGGGUGAUUUCCUGUCUGUCCAAGCUGCUGUUGAAUCUGUUCCGAACAACAACACAAAAAAUGUUCUUAUAAAGAUUAAUGCCGGAGUUUACAUUGAAAAGGUUGUAUUAGAGGCGACAAAGCCUUACAUAACUUUCCAAGGGGAAGGAAAGGAAAAGACUAUCAUACAGUGGCAUGAUCGAGCGAGUGAUCGUGGUCCCAAUGGCCAACAACUAAGGACAUACAGAACAGCUUCUGUUACCGUUCUUGCUAAUUUUUUCUCUGCUAGAAACAUUAGUUUCAAGAAUACAUCGCCAGCACCUAUGCCAGGAAUGGAAGGAUGGCAAGCAGCAGCAUUUCGGAUAUCAGGGGACAAGGCUUACUUCGUUGGUUGUGGAUUUUAUGGUGCACAAGACACAUUAUGUGAUGACGCUGGUCGACAUUAUUUCAAGGAGUGUUAUAUUCAGGGUUCAAUUGACUUCAUCUUUGGAAAUGGACGCUCCAUGUACAAAGGUUGUGAACUGCACUCAAUAGCGAGGAGGUUUGGUUCAAUAGCUGCACAUGCAAGAACUUCUCCGGACGAAAAAACAGGUUUCGCGUUUGUGAAUUGCCGUGUAACUGGAACUGGUCCGCUCUAUGUGGGUCGCGCCAUGGGUCAAUACUCGAGGAUAGUGUACUCCUUCACAUACUUUGACGAUAUCGUGGCACGAGGUGGUUGGGAUGAUUGGGACCAUUUGAGCAACAAAAACAAGACAGCGUUUUUCGGGGUGUACAAGAGCUGGGGACCAGGAGCUAAUGCAGUGAGAGGAGUAUCUUGGGCAAGAGAACUGGAUUACGAAACAGCCCAUCCCUUCAUUGCCAAGAGCUUCGUCAAUGGAAGGCACUGGAUAGCUCCCUCUGAUGCUUGAACCUCUCUUUCAUGUACAUUUGUUUCUUCGGUGUUAUUAGAAAUUCACAAAAUUGUAUCUAGAGAAAUUCUCAUAUAGAUAGUUGGCUCAUACAUCUCCACAUUCAUAUAUUUGUGCAUUUUGUUCUGUCUACCAUAAUUGAUUUUUUCGUUCUA